CUACUGAAAACGUCAAAUUAUUUGAAAAAAAAAAAAAAUUAGUGAUGAAAAAUGGCUUCUUUGAGGAGCCCGUCUUCGCCGUCCGACGGCUAUAAAAGGUUCAGUGACGAUUUCGCAAACACCAGCAUCAACAAUUACGGCUCGAACGUCACAAACACACGGACCGGCGAUGGCGGCGGCGACGGCACCCUGGACAUGGGCAGCCGCUCCUCGCUCCACACAGGACUGCACAUGUCGGAGGACGAGCAUUGGGAGAUGAAUUAUCAUGAGGCCGCCAUUUAUUUGGAGGAAGGCCUGAACAACGAGAAGUUCGAUUCCCACCCAUCCAGCCCUGAGGAGCUGCCAGCUUACCUGCGGGUCCACAACCCUUGGUACCAUGGGCUGGACCUGCUGGCUUCCCUGGUCUUAAUCCUGCUAGCGUUUACUGAAGACCCUGCGGUACCAGCUUUUGAGUUGCCAGUAUGGGCCCACGGCACGAUAGAACUGUUGGCCCUGACAGUGAUCGGCGUGGAACUUCACCUGAAGCUGAAAUGGAUCGGAUGGAGCACCAUCCUCAAACACAAGAGGACCAUGAUCAAGGGCGUAACCCUACUAAUAAUGGUCCUGGAAGCAGUAGUAGUGCUGUGCAGACAAUCAUCUCACUUCCGAGUGACCAGAGCCCUGCGGCCCAUCUUUCUGGUUGACACGCGGCAUUGUGGCGGCGUCAGGCGGUUUAUAAGACAGAUCCUGCAGAGUUUGCCGCCCAUUUUAGACAUGUUAGGGCUCCUAAUGUUUUUCGUGGCCACGUACUCUCUGCUGGGCUACUACCUGUUUUCGGAACACCUCGACAAUGGUCACUUUUCCACCAUCAGUGAUUCGUUCGUCAGCAUGUUUGUGCUGCUCACCACCGCCAACUUCCCGGACGUGAUGAUGCCGUCAUACGCCAAGUCCAAGUGGUACGCGGUGUUCUUCAUCUUGUAUAUCAUCACCGUGCUCUACGUGCUCAUGAAUUUGAUGUUAGCCGUAGUAUACGAGACGUUCACCCGCAUCGAGCGCGAGAAGUGCCGCGCGUUGCUCCUGCACCGGCGCCGCGCCGCGCGCCACGCGUUCCGCCUGCUCGUGUCGCGCCGCGCGCCCGACGCGGUGCGCCUGCGCCACUUCGCCGGCCUCAUGCGGCACUACGCACCGCACUACAGCGGGCUGGACGUGUACCUAAUGUUUAAGCAGCUUAAUCAAUCCGGGACCGGAGGUCUCUCUCGCUCUGAGUUCGCUAAUCUAUAUGAGGUGUUCGCGCUGCGCUGGGCGCCGCAGACGGCGCGCGCGCCGUGGUACGCGGAGUCGUGGCUCGAGCCGUGCGCGCGCGCCGCCAGCCAGCUGGUGCACCAGCCUUACUUCGAGUACAUCAUCUACGCACUAAUAGUAGGCAACGGCGUGGCUAUGAUACUACGGGUAUUAGAAGCCGGCGCGGGCACGGACCCCAACCUGCCGGGCUUGCAACACAGCGCGCGGUUACUCUGUGCCUCCUGGGAUACCUGGCUAUUCCUUUCGCUAUUCUUGAUAGAAGCAGCCCUCCGUAUGAUGGCUUCCGGCGCGGCGGCGUACCUAGAGAGCGGAUGGAAUGUGUUCGAUCUCAGCGUGACCUUACUAGCUCUUAUGGGGGCUGUCAUGCUCACUAUAGCGCCCAAACUGUAUAUCGUCGUCAUAUUCAGACCUUUAAGGCUAAUGCGUCUGUACAAGUUAAAGAAGCGUUACCGCGACGUAUUCGGCACACUCGUGCUACUGUCACCUCUCAUGUCGUCAGCGGGCUGCGUGAUGCUGGUCAUGUAUUAUUUCUUCGCCAUAGUCGGUAUGGAACUCUUCGCGGGGUUAGACUUGAAGAACUGCUGCGUAAACACAACAGUAGAAGACUUCUACAAAUACUCUGAGAACAGUUCAACAGCUCUCGGCUACUACUACCUCAACAACUUCGAGAACCUCAUCACGAGCGGCGUGUCUCUGUUCGAGCUGACAGUUGUCAACAACUGGUUCAUACUUAUGAAUGCGUACGCGACGGUCGCGGGCCAGUUUAGCAGGAUUUAUUUUAUGGUGUUCUACUUGUUCACGAUGGUGGUGCUGACCAUCGUGGUGGCGAGCGUGCUGGAGGCCUUCCGGUUCCGGAUACAGUACAAGCGCUCUACUACCAAGAGGGACGAGGAAAAGUUACUCCACGAAGAAGUCCACACGAGUUGGGAGGAGGCCACAAGACUCGGCGCCGGCGGGGAGCUGGCCGACGAACUGCGGCCUUUCCUGCCUGCCGGGACGGAGGUAACAUUCAUCGGGUCCCGGCCUCGCACGAAAGAGGUGCUUCAGCGGCGCAUGUACCACCAAGAUAUACAGAAGUGGCUCGCUGAAGAGGAUGAUAACGAAGUCCCACCGUCAACAACUCUAACCUCAAACGACCCCCUGGCCCCGCCCCUCAUCCAGCAACCGGAAGCGGAAACCAACCACCAGCUCCGACCAGGCUACCAGUUGUAGAACCUACUCAUCUACAUCCUGUACUAUAGGCUAGAGGCGCUGUGGGGUGUGGUGCGCGCCUUAUGAUCCGGCGUGGCGCGCUGGCUGAAUGCUAUGUUCCGAUGCCAUUUGUGAAAAAAAAAAACAUAAGGUUUGUCUACGAUU